GGAAGUCUUCUUUAGGAGUGGCCCUGUUCCGCCUGGUGGAACCAGCUGCAGGGACGAUCUUCAUAGACGGGGUGGACACCAGCGCUAUCGGCCUGGAGGACCUCCGCAGUAAACUAUCAGUCAUCCCCCAGGACCCUGUCCUAUUCAUCGGCACUGUCAGGUAUAAUCUGGAUCCUUUCAACAACUAUAGUGACGAGGACAUCUGGUCUGCUCUGGAUAAAACCUUCAUGAAACACACAAUCUCCAGUCUCCCUGAGAAGCUGCAGUCGGAGGUACUGGAAAAUGGGGAGAACUUCUCUGUCGGAGAGAGACAGCUGAUGUGUAUGGCCAGAGCACUGCUACGAAACUCCAAGAUCAUCUUGUUGGACGAGGCGACGGCGUCGAUCGACUCAGAGACGGACUCUCUGAUCCAGCACACCAUCAGAGACGCGUUCCAGGACUGUACCAUGCUGACUAUCGCUCACCGCAUUAACACUGUCCUGGAGUCAGAUCGUAUACUGGUCAUGGACGCCGGAAGGGUGGUUGAGUGUGACAGUCCAGAGGUCCUGAUGCAGAGGCCAGAUUCUCAGUUUGCAGCUCUCCUGACUGCAGCCAACACCGUCAACACAUGAGCCUGGACACACCCCCUUCUGUAUUCUGGACACACCUCCAUCUGCAGUCUGGACACACCCCCAUCUGUAGUCUGGACACACACACACACCCGUCUGUAGACUGGACACACCCCCAUGAGUCUGGUCACCCCUCCAUCUGCAGUCUGGACACACCCCCAUGAGUCUGGUCACACCUCCAUCUGCAGUCUGGUCACACCUCCAUCUGCAGUCUGGUCAUUAUCCAUCUGUAGUCUGGACACACCUCCAUCUGCAGUCUGGUCACACCUCCAUCUGCAGUCUGGUCAUUAUCCAUCUGUAGUCUGGACACACCUCCAUCUGUAGUCUGGUCACACUUCCAUCUGCAGUCUGGACACACUUCCAUCUGCAGUCUGUUCACACCUCCAUCUGCAGUCUGUUCACACCUCCAUCUGCAGUCUGUUCACACUUCCAUCUGCAGUCUGGACACACUUCCAUCUGCAGUAUGUUCACACUUCCAUCUGCAGUCUGGUCACACUUCCAUCUGCAGUCUGGUCACACUUCCAUCUGCAGUCUGUUCACACCUCCAUCUGCAGUCUGGUCAUUAUCCAUCUGUAGUCUGGACACACCUCCAUCUGAAGUCUGGUCACACCUCCAUCUGAAGUCUGGACACACCCCCAUCUGCAGUCUGGACACACCCCCAUCUGUAGUCUGGACACACCUCCAUCUGAAGUCUGGUCACACUUCCAUCUGCAGUCUGGUCACACUUCCAUCUGCAGUCUGUUCACACCUCCAUCUGCAGUCUGGUCAUUAUCCAUCUGUAGUCUGGACACACCUCCAUCUGAAGUCUGGACACACCCCCAUCUGCAGUCUGGACACACCCCCAUCUGUAGUCUGGACACACCUCCAUCUGCAGUCUGGACACACCUCCAUCUGUAGUCUGGACACACCUCCAUGAGUUUGGACACACCUCCAUCUGAAGUCUGGACACACCUCCAUCUGAAGUCUGGACACACCUCCAUCUGCAGUCUGGACACACCUCCACCUGCAGUCUGGACACACCUCCACCUGCAGUCUGGACACACCUCCAUCUGUAGUCUGGACACACCUCCAUGAGUCUGGACACACCUCCAUCUUCAGUCUGGACACACACCCAUGGGUCUGGACACACCUCCAUCUGCAGUCUGGUCACACCUCCAUCUGAAGUCUGGACACACCCAUAUCUGUAGUCUGGACACACCUCCAUCUGCAGUCUGGUCACACCUCCAUCUGUAGUCUGGACACACCUCCAUGAGUUUGGACACACCUCCAUAUGAAGUC